AUGACUACCUUGCAGACUCUGCCUCACGACGUACAUUCACUAAUUUGGUCUAAUCUGGACCUUAAAGAUGUUCUUCGCCUUCGUCAGACAUGCUCUACGCUUGCAGAAGCAAUCUCUAACGACAAACUGCUGUGGACGCGCAUUUUCGUUACGCACGUGAAAGCAAGUGGCCUCUGUUCUCCGCAUAACUUACGUAGUAUCGAGGAUGUCGCCGCGCAUGACGUGGAAUCUUGGGUCAAGCAUGCAGUCCUACUCGACAAGGCUUAUAAAAAAGCAAAUCGAGAAUUAUCGGUUCGCAGGCUCGGAAGUCCUACAGGCCUUUGGGUCACUUGGAUUAAACUCCUUCUCGGUCGUUGGUGCCUCAUCGCAUCUUCGAACGAUGAUGAGAGCGUAUUCUCUGUCUGGGAGGUACCUUCGGAGGGCGAACCGAGGCUAUCCACUAAAAUUUGUCUCGAUGCACCUGUUCUUGAUGGUCAGGUGGAUGAAGACAACGGAUGUUGCCGAUGCGCUAUCACGGUGGGAACUUCCACGCCGUAUAUCCUCAUUCUCAACUUAAGCCGUACUCAAGGCACGGUCGUCGUUCAUCAACUUGCCGAGAUUCCAGAUGCAUCUCACGUAGUAUUUCUUCGUGGAAGCCUUAUAGGAUUUGCUGUUCGUUCCGGAAGUGAUAAGUAUCCUCAUAUUCUUAACUGGAGGACGAAAUGUAUUUCCACGUUGUGCGUGCCUUGUGGUGUGCUGCCAGACUCGACGACGGAGGCCCCUCAAGAAUCAUGCGUAACAAUGGCUAUAAAGGAUGGUUAUAUAUUUACGUUACAUCGCUCUGCAAUCGAUGUAUUUGUUUUACCGGACAUUGCCAGCUCCACGUACGAAGCAGGAGCAGAAGCAGAAGCAAAAUAUGUAACAAAACUACCUUUAACCAGCGGCGCAUUCGAUGGCCGAUUUACGGCCGGAGACGAUGAGCAGGGAGCAAAUGAUUCGCUGGUAUUCCUCCGCCUUCACUUUCAGGAUUUCAAAUCCGGGCUUCGAGAAGCCUUGAUUUUCAGAGAGGAUAGUACGGGGAGCACAUCCUCAUUUACCGUGAGCGAUGCACCGAGCGGUAACCACCCAGACGUUCCAGUCCCUCAGACCUUGUAUCAUUAUUCAUUUGGCGUAUCAACACAAAUGGUCUUCUGCAUGACGUCGCAUGCAAACCAAGCGUGGAUCCCUCCUGCUCUGUCGAUCUCCCAUGUACAAUAUGCUCCAGGUGUUGGAGAGAGCAGUCUGUAUGCAAAAUUUGGCGAAUACGUAUCGGUUCAAAGAACUGGCCUUCCUCUUCUGUAUGAUAUCUCCUGUCUAGACUUUGAUGAUGGAAGAGGAAUCAUAGUUUUCGGAACCAACUCAGGCGACGUGCGAUUUGCAUCUUUCCUUGAGUCAGAUAUCAUUCCGUGCCAAAGUCUACAGGACGACUUACUGGAGAAUCUGGAGUGUGCACCCGUGACCUCAGCCUGUCGAAAUUUGUCACAGGUUCCUGACAGCUUGGACCUUCCGGUAUUUUACAACAUCCGGAAGGAGUACGACUUGCAUGAUGGUCUGCCUUCGGAAGUUUCUGAAGAAUUAAUCCUUCCUUGGUACGAUCAAGCACAUGGUCUUGAGCCUUUUGGCAACUGGUCAAAUGACUGGAUACUGUUCCAGGCUGUAUGGGAUUGGAUCACUCCGCUCUCACGUUGGGGCAGCCUCGACAUAGAUUUCCUGAAUAGAACUGCUUCAACAGUUGCAAGGAACCGACUCCAGGCUCUUGGUGACAUUAUUCCUGUCGUCUACGAUAUCGAUGAUCAUUGCCGUGUUAUCUUUCGUAUUGGUGAACAGAUGUUCUAUUGCCGCUCAUUAGACCCUCACGACGAGGAGAGAGCUAAUGAUGAAUCCCAAGUUGAGGGUAGCAUCAUUCUCGGAAAUUUGCCUAUCGCGUACAGCGAGUUCCUUUCCAAUCCCAACGUUAUUCUGGCCCACGCUUCCGAUCACGCGACACAGAGAAACCUAUCGCAUUGGCACAUGCCGCAGAGUAUUUCUGCACAAGCUAGCAUUGGAAACAUCAUGCUCGCCUUCCGUGAUGGUGAGGAAGGCGCACCCGAACAGAAUCUAGACAAUGCCACCAUGGAGGGAUGGUCGAAUGAGGAGUGGGAGAGGAACUAUCAGCGUGCUAUGAAUCUGGACUGGUUCCUAGACAUCGCUGCUAUGGAAGGAUGGUCCGAUGAGGAGUGGAAGAGGAAUUAUGAACAAGCUAUGAGGUUUGACUGGAGGUAA